UAGUUGUUUCCCUUAAAAGCAAUUUUGUUAUUUUCAAUCAAAGCUUUAACUUGUUAAUUGACAUAAUUCUCAGCUCUAACUUUCGUGAAAAUCACUCAAUAUUUUUUGGGUUGGAAAAAAAGAUGAAAGGGCAGUACACCUUUGAUGUGAGAAAAGGACCUCACAAUUAUUAGUGAAUCAUUGGUUGAUAAGAAGCUAUUGCUAACACAGCAGGGAUGAUAUGGAUGUAUGCUGUCAAAGAUAUAAUGAGAUGGUUUUAUGACAAGAUUGCAACCUGUUUCUGAGCUGAAAGUCAAAAUGAAUAGUAAAAAUGACUCUAACAAUUUUGACCUCCAUCUUUUGUCAAACAAUGACAAAAUCCUUGUUUGCCACUAUGUGCUGGACCUCACAUGUGAUAUGGAGGAGAAAUGUUUUUCCGGGUCUAUACUUCUCAUCUGUAGGCCGUUGUUAUGCAAGUCAUCACAAAAGGAGGAAGGUGUCCUGAGUACAUCACCUUGUGGCUCGGAUUGUAAUCUUAAUGAAAAAAAGUCAGAGUCAUCACACUUGUCAGACGAUUAUAGAAGAGAUAAACAAUCACCAAAUGUUUCUACAUCUUGUUUUUGUACACCAGAGAGGCAGGAAUUCUCUGAAGACUUCUCUCUUGUCUUAGACUCAUCUUUGUUUCAAGUGUCUUCUGUGAAUGAAAUUGUUGUUGGAAAGGAAUGUAAUGUUAAUUCUCUAGUUGAAGCAUACUCAGGUGUAAAUUGUGAUCUCAUCAAGCUUAAAGAUGUGAAUCUCAUGGACUUAAAAUCCAUUUGGAAAUCUGCAGAAAAGAUAUCAUUACGGUUUCAAGCAGGUGUUCAGAGUGUUCAGAUUUGGAAGCAAGACAUUAUAUGCCCAUUUGCAUUCCCUCAGCUCAUUGAAGUGAAUUACCAUACAAGUCCUUCAGGAGAAUCUAUCAAAUGGACCAAAUCUCAGGAUGAAAUCCAAUGUGUGUUCACUCAUGGCCACUACCUGAACAACCGUUCCUUGUUUCCAAGCCAGGAUGUCCCUGGAGCCAUGGCAACAUGGCAUGCUCACAUUUCCUGCCAGCCAGACUACACUGUACUCAUGACAGGAGAUGACAAUCCUACUGUCUCACAAUGUGAUUCUGGAUUGAAGACGUAUUCCUUUUCUAGCUCGAUUGUGAUGCCUAGUUCAACCUUGGCGCUGGCUGUUGGCUCCUGGAAGCAGAAGGACAUCAUAACACAAACAAACAAGCAGGAAUUCAGUACUGUGGAAGAUGGAAAUGUCCAUAGCGAGAAACUGUUCCCAUGCAGACUGUUUUCUCCUGAAAAACAUUUUGAGAAGGCUGUGAAAUUGCUUGGUUCCUACGUGCCCAAAUGCCUGGAAGCCUCCUAUGAUGUCUUGGGCCAAUAUCCGUUCCGGCGGCUGGACAUACUGGUUGUUCCAGAUAACUUUCCUAGUCUUGGAAUGGCCAGUCCAAGUCUGAUGUUCCUGUCCCAGUCAGUGCUGUCUGACGAUGGUGAAAUGCUGGUACGGUUUGCGCAUGAGUUGAGUCACACAUGGUUCGGGUUGGUGAUUGGUGCACGUGACUGGCACGAGGAAUGGAUCAGUGAGGGGUUUGCUACCUACAUGGAGGACGUAUUUCACGCACAGGCCCUUAAGAAGUCAACAAACACUUUCAUGGAAGAAAGACAGCUUCAUGAUUACCUGAAGUACAAAGUCUUGCUCGCUGAGCUUGAGAACUCUCCGUCAGAUUUGCAUCACUUAAGGGAAGAAAUCGAGUUGGAAAGCAUAAAGGUUGUGAAAAAUGGGAUGAACCCGGACAAAACAUUCCUGCAGCUCCACUAUAUUAAGGGUUACUUUCUUCUAAGGUAUCUAGAAGAUCAGACUGGAUUACAACACUUCCUGCAGUUCAUGCAAAGAUUUGUCAACAAAUUCAGCCAACAGUUAAUUUUGUCUAAGGAUGUCCUUGACCUGUUCUUUCAAGAGUUUCCAGAACUGCGGUCUGAGGAUUUCAACAGCGAGGUUCUAUUCCGAGACUGGUUGAAUACGUCAGCAUUGCCGAUGGCUGUUACAAAGUACGGCACACUAGAUGCUAAUCCACUGAUGACACUUGCACACGAGACUUUACAAAAGAUAGAAGCAGUAAAUGCAACAUAUAAGACUCUUCAUUGGCGAAAACGACGGAAGCUCGAUAUAGACCAGAUGUUGGCUUUACCGAAGCUUACACAUGUUCAAAUGCUUGUUUUCCUGGACAAGUUGCUUCGAAUGGAAAGGUUACAUCAACAGUUGCUGCUGCUUGUGUUUGAACGAAUGAGUCCAGAGCAUAGCAACCCUGAUGUUCUCCAUAGAUGGUGCGAAUUAGCCGUGAAGCAUAAACUGACGGAGAUCUACCCUCGUGUGGCUGACUUCCUCAUUCACCAUCAGGUAAUAGGAACGACCGGUAGGCAAUAAGAACGACAUUCGCUGUCUAUCUGGACGUCUGUUCCUAGUUCGGAUAUAUCAAAUAGUGGCAUCAAAACCAUCAUACCAUCAUCAUAUAUCCGGUCCGGCCUUCUCCUCACUUCUAGGCUAAUAAUAUGGCGAGUUUGAACAAAGAUCCAGUAGAAAUAUUAAUAUAACAUAAUAAUGUGCAGGUGUGAUCGCCAUGGUAAAUGUUCGUUGAAUAUCAUACUCUGUGUUUCUUGAUAGCUGCGUACGUCAAAUUUCGGCCGUCAGCAUUUCGUUAUAAUGAAUACGGUAAAAAUGAUUAACCUAAAUACUUAGAACUGUGAACUAAAGUAAGUGAAAUAAAAGAAUCUUUGUUCUUGAUAAAUGAAAUUUAUAUCUAUGAAGGAUAGCAUUGCAAUUACGGACUCAUUAACAGCGAGGUCUCAACCUUGUGAAUGCUUUUUUUGCAUACAUACAUAUUAUGCUUAAAAGGCAUGGAUACUAAUAAUAAAACAUAAAAAAUAUACUAAUAUGACAAUCAUAUUUAUUACAUAAAACAUAUUAUAGUCAUCACUGUUUUUAAGUGAACUAUAUUAUAGCAAUAUAAAUCGUUAAAGUGACACUCUUAUUCAAAAUCAAUUCAUACACAUGUAAAACAAACAUAAAUUUUGACUGAUAAACCUUUAACUGCUUACUAAAUAAUGCAUUUAUGGAAAAUAUUACUUACUGAUAACAAGAUUGUAACCGUGUUUUUAAUAUCAGAAAGCGUAAAAAUAUUAAAUGAUUGUUGAAUGUCUAAAAGAUUUACUAUAGUCUCA